GUAGGUAGUGACGCGAUGUGGAACAUAAACAACAAACAAUGGGCUGUCGGUUAUGGACCGUGUGAAGUACUUUAACCGACAGAAGCUAUUUGUUCGGGAAACUGUUUCACAUUUGAGAACUAUUGCGAGUUUCGGCUGUGACGUAUUUGACGCAAGGACAACCAUGAGGCUCUGCUACCCCUUAUUGAUAUGCCUGGUCCUAACCAUGUCCUCAUCUUUCAUAAUUUCAUCCAAACACAUGUGGACCAAAAUGAUCCUCACCCAUCACUGGCCAACCACUUUCUGUUCGAUGGAGCACUGUCAAAGCAACAUUAGCCAGUGGACACUACAUGGAUUCUGGCCAGAUGGUGGCGCUUUCUGCAAUUCUUCAUGGCAUUUCAACUCUUCCGAAAUAGAGGACCUGCUCCCAGACAUGAAGACGAGUUGGCCUGACUUGUUUGAUCCCUUGUCUAAUGACUUCUGGAAAUAUGAGUGGAAGAAACAUGGUACGUGCGCAGCCAAAGCCAUUUCUCUGAACAGCCAACAUAAAUACUUCAGCAAGGCACUGGAUCUGUAUCAUACACUGGAUUUGGACAGCAUCCUGAAGAAGUUUUCCAUCACGCCUUCUCCACAAUACUAUAAUUUUUCAUACAUUGAAGGAGUAAUAGAAAACUUCUACCACGUCAAACCUAAGAUCCAGUGUGGCCAUUCAACAAAGAAUGACAGUUUCCAGGUUUUGGGGCAAAUUGAGUUGUGCUUCAACAGUAGUUUCGCCCUGAUGGACUGUGAGAAACAAGUUUCCACGGAAUCUGAUCCUGAUAGAGGUUGGGACUAUCCCAUGAAUGUUGACAAGGGAUCAGGGUUAUCUGUGUGCAACCACGAUGUGCCAGUUUACUAUCCACCUGUUGAAUAAUACAAAAAACCCAAUAUUUUCACAAAUUGAAAUUGAACAACACACUAUGAUGAUGAUUUUUUUUUUUAUUCGAAUGCAUUUAAAUUCUAACUGUGACUUGAAUAAAAACUGCCUUUGAUUGAAAUGUUCUUUUUACGUCCUACAAACCAGGACGCACACUCAGCCACACUCCACUGUCACUUUGUGCUUUGCUGGAAUUAUAUUCCCGUCUGACUCUUACAAGUAGAUAAGACUGCCAGUGGGUAGCAUGGGUUUCUCUGCAGCACAGCAGGGGCAUUAUGGUAAUUUCAAGUCAGGACGGGCAGGGAGUUUAAUAUGCUGCACAUUUAUAAAUCUUCGUAGUGUGUAUUUUUUUUAUUAUUGGUAGGCAUAUUUAUUUCUGCAUUGCUACAUGUGCCUAUGUACCACCUAUUGUGUGUCCUCUCUCCUGUUUUGGCAGGGGUGUUUGGAUUUCUUUGUAUAUAGUAAUGCAUUUUUGUUUUGUUUUGGUUUUGUUUUCAGAAUC